GGAACAUUCGGGUCAGCCGAUUUGUUCCGAAGACGGAGAGGAUGUUACGUCACAAGAUUUCCGCAACGCGUCGGUUUUUCCCUGGGAAGAUGGCGACCGUCACAACAGCCACCUCAGAAUGGAUCCAGUUCUUCAAAGAUGCUGGGAUCCCUCCUGGACUGGCUGUCAACUACGCUGUGUCAUUUGUUGAUAACAGGAUUCAGAAAACCAUGCUCAUGGACCUCAGUAAGGAAAUAAUGAUGGACUUGGGAAUUACAGUCAUCGGGGACAUCAUAGCCAUUCUCAAACAUGCAAAGCAUGUGUAUAGACAUGAUAUGUGUAAAAUGACAACCGAGGCCAUUUCGUCUGGACAGACUAGUGUACAGGCUGAACUGAGACGUACUGCUAACACUCCUGCCACACGCAUGAUCGCCAAUGCUCUGAGCCGGGACUCCCCACCAAGCACGCCUGCUCGGCGCCCUGACAACCGAAUUUCAGUAACGGUCUCCAAUGCCAGUGCCAAAACAGUGCCCAGCAAGCCAGCAGAAGAAAAUGGGUUGCAAGUGAAGCGCCGGCGAGUCACAAGAGAAAUGGAGGGGAAAUAUAUCAUAAACAUGCCAAAAGGCACAACAGCUCGCACUCGUCGCAUCCUGGCACAGCAGGCCAAGAAAGCUAAGGUUUUAAAGCGUACUUCAGUGUUUGAUAGACUUGGGGCAGAGUCUAAGGCAGACACCACCUCAGCCAAUAAGCAACCAACAGGUGUGUUUAGCCGACUGGGUGAAGCAGAGGAAGAUGAAGAGAGUGGAGGAAAGACUGAUGGUGUUGCAGAAGCAUUUGAGGAUAAUGAUAGCGACGGCGAGGGCUCUGUGCUGCAAUAUGCCGGCGUCCUCAAACGACCCCCACCCACGUCUAAAAAAGAGACUGUAUCUGCCAAAUCUAAACCCCUCACUCUGCGCCGCAUAGGCGCAAAGUACAAACUCCCCUCAUAUGAAGGCACACCACCAAUUUCCUCCUCUACCUCCUCCUCCACCCAGGAGGGGACACCCAAAUUGGGUGUACUGCAGAGACUGGGCAAGGCCCCGUCAGCCAACCCUACCUCCUCUACCCCUUUAGUCAGUCAGCCCGCAGACACGCAGGACAGUCGAGUUACGAGCAGCAGAAGCAAAGCCCAGGGCAGCUUUGCUCUGGCCAGCCCUAAGGUCAGUAGUAGCACAGGUGACACUCACGGGGCUCAGAUGGACGCUGGGGCAGUCAGUGUAUUCAAGAGACUGGGUGCCCGGAAAACCUAAUGCCCACCCCACAAAAAAACUAAAAGGGCACCUCUUUUUAUCCCUUUUAUAACUUAAAACCAACCUGAAUUUUCCUUUUGAGUGAAUGGAGAAACCCUAGGACCACUCUUGAUGGAUUGGGAAGUCAAUAUGCUGUACCUCAUGAAGUGUUAUGAAUUGAUGAUGACAGGGGAAAAAAGGGACAGCUGCAAUAUCUGUUAAAUGUCAGUGUGGACGUACCUUAUGUUUGGUUAAAGGAAUCACGCUCUAUCCCGCUAUCCUGUUUUUAUAGCUGCUCUCCUGCGCCCCCUGUGAGUGAAACAGUUUUCCAGAUUAAACGGGGUUUGUAAUAAAAAAUUUUAAUGCAUGGCGCCCAGCAUUAAAUGCUCAAUGUCAAGAUUUUUUCCCACUACAGUAGCCAAGAGAAUAAGUGAAAGCAUGUGAUAUGUUUACCUCAAACACCUCAGCUUACUAAUUUCUCCAUGAAGUAAGCUCAUGUUCAGUUCUCUGCUUACCUCACAGUUUUUAAAGGGAUAGUUCACCCAAAACUGAAAAUUCUGUCGUCAUAUCCACCUUUUUCUGUCAAUGCGGAAGUAAACCGUUUUGUGGUAAUGUGUGAGACUUCCGGUUUGUAAGCCAAUGUAGGGAAAUAACGAGAAGAAUAAUGAAGUGCAGUAAAUGGUAAAACUAUUUGCAUUACAAACCAUUGUGUUCAUAAUAAAGUUAAUAGAUUAAAAUAACAUGGUAAGACACACCAGUUUGCAAUAUCAAGCAGUGAACGAGCUGUUUUGUACAGCUAAAAAUAGCGGGAUGCAGACGAGACCAAAAGCGCCUGCUCUUUAAGAGAAAAUAACGUGAAUACUCAUCCUCAUGUCAUUCCGAAAAUGUAUUAUUUUCUUUCCUCUGGAAAAGAUUUUUUUUAAGAAAAUAAGUCUAGUUUUGGACAACUGGGAGAGUAAAUGGUGACUCCAUUAAUAAUUUUUGGGUGAACUAUACUUUUUACUUUAGCCUUUCAGUUGCUUAAAAGUGCACACAUGAGCAUUUUCCAUUAAUGCGCCUUAAACUGCGGUCACACUGGACUAGAAAAAAAAAGUUUUUAAAGAAGUCUCUUCUGCUCACCAAGCCUGCAUUUAUUUGAUCCAAUGUACAGCAAAAAGAGUAACAAUUUUUAAUAUUUUUACUAUUUAAAAUAACUGUUUUCUAUUUGAAUAUAUUUUAAAGUGUAUUUUAUUCCUGUGAUUUCAAAGCUGAAUUUUUUGCAUCAUUACUCCAGUCACAGGGUUCUUCAGAAAUCAUUCUAAUAUUCUGAUUUGAUGCUCAAAAACAAUUAUUAUUAUUCUGGUAAAAACAGCCGAGUAGAAUGUUUUCAGAUUUCUUUGAAUAGAAAGUUCAGAAGAACAGCAUUUAUCUGAAAUCUUUUGUAACAUCAUAAAUGUCUUUAUCAUCACUUUUGAUCAAGUCAAAUCAUCCUUGCUAAAUAAUACAUUUUUUAAUAAUCAAUUUAUUAUAAGAUAAAUGCUGAUCUUUGGAUCUUUCUAUUCAUCAAAGAAUCUUGAAAAAUGUACUUAACUGUUUUAAAUAUUGAUGAUGAUGAUGAGAAUAAUAAUAAUAAUAUUUCUUGAACAGCAAAUCAGCAUAUUGGAAUGAUAUCUGACUGAUCAUGUGACACUGAAGACUGGAGUAAAGAUGCUAAAAUUUGCAGGAAUAAAUUGCAUUUUAAAAUAUAUUCAAAUAGAAAGCAGUUAUUUUAAAUAGUAAAAAUAUUUAAAAAUUUUGCUGUAAUUUGAAUCAAAUAAAUGCAUGCCUUGGUGAGCAGAAGAGACUUCUUUAAAAAAACAUAACAAAUCUUACUGUUCAAAAACUGUUGACUGGUAGUGUACAUCUGAAAUGGCUCCAUCUGAAAUGGAAAAAAAAAACCACAAUCUACUCCUUUUUUCCUGCGACUCUGCAAACCUGCAGCUUUAAAGUUCGUUUUUUUUAUUCAGCUAAGAGGUUUUUUUGCUGGUCAGAGUUGCAGCCUAAAAAAAGUUAGAGAUUGGAACGUCACAAAAUGCACAAUUCAUCACGUGAGCUUGCGUUUCCGGUCUCCCACGUUCACACGCAUAUGAAUGAAAUUGAAAAGUGUUGUGUGACCGCCCUGCUAUGACCACAACUGUUACCUUUUUUAAAGGCACAAAAUCGCAAUCGCAAUCCGUGUGCUAAAGAGUCUGUGAGUGCUCUGAAAUUUCCGCAUUUAAAAUGCCAUCCAAUGGAAAUUUGUGUUGUUGGGUGUUAUUUGGACAAGCAGAGCAAAAAUAUUUCGUUGGUGAUAGCAUGCUGUUGCCAAGCAACACACGUGGAGGUGGACCCUUGUGUAUUGUAAAAGUUUUCACCCCUUUGUACUGUUCACUACAGUAGCCACUAAUCAUGCCGUUGUAAUAGGAAUUCACCUACACUUUGUGUUGUGUCAUGUUUCACUUUUUUUUUUUUUUAUAGAUAUUUCAAUUUAAA